UUCUCUCAAUUCUCUUUUUGACGUCAGAGAAGCAAGAAGGCUCGCGCCCCUGUGCUACUUCGCAUACUACCACGGCCUCAACCAAGGUAAAGGAGAACUGGAAGAAGGAAAGCAGUCCGAAAAUGGCUUUAAGAGAAUUGGUAUGGUUUUCGUCCAUCUGUUUGACAUUUCUCGGAUUUAUACCCGCUAUACAAGGGGAGGAGGCCCAUUUCCCGUUGUUGAUGCCUCGGGUGUUGCCGGAGAAUGAAGAGUCCUAUUUGUGCACCCCUCUCCGCAUUAAUGAAGAUCAGUCAUACUUUAUCACUGGAUUUAAUCCCAACGUCUCCACACAUGUUGCGCAUCACAUGUUGAUCUAUGGAUGUGAGGAACCCGGAUCCAUGGACCCUAUAUGGAACUGUGGGGAAAUGGCGGCCAAGCAACCAGGGGUGGUCUCGGAGCAACCCUGCAAGUCCAAGCCCAAUAUCAUCUACGCUUGGGCCCAUGAAGCACCUAAGCUGGACUUGCCCAAGGACGUUGGGUUCAGGAUUGGUAAAGACUCCAGCAUAAAGUACUUGGUUUUGCAAGUGCAUUACGGGAAACUGGACAAUUUGCCAUCGUCUGGCGAUGACUCAGGGGUAUUUCUACAAUUCACCGAGAAGCCCCAACCCAAAGUGGCUGGAGUCCUGCUCUUGGGCACAGGGGGUCUGGCUCCGCCUCAUUCCACCACUUUCUUCGAGACGGCCUGUGAAAUCGACGAUCCCCGCGUGAUCCACCCGUUCGCUUACCGCGUUCAUACCCACGCUCUGGGCAAAGUCGUGUCAGGAUGGAGAGUUCAAGGCAAAUCCAAAUGGGAUUUAAUCGGCAAGAAGAACCCGCAACAACCCCAGAUGUUCUACCCGGUGGAGCAUGAGGAGAACGUUUUAACCACUGGUGACGUCAUUGCGGCCCGUUGUACCAUGGUGAAUUCCAGAGACGAGACCGUAUACAUCGGGUCCACCAACAACGACGAGAUGUGCAAUUUCUACCUCAUGUACUGGGUGGAUGGAGGCGAGCCAAUCUCCCCUAACACUUGCUUCACCCCGGGACCACCCAAUUGGUCUUGGGGUGGUUGGGCCAUGGGCGCUGGUCUGGAAAACAUCCCAGAUGAAGCUGCAUCUACCCUCUAAGAGGACCCAUAUCCAGGAUCCCUCCUCCUCCUUGGUCUGAAACGUUCCAUAUCGUUAGGUCGUACGGGCAAUUCGUAGUGUAUCCACCACACUCUACCUUUCCCAUCGUUACCUCUUCCCUUCCUCCGUGUAGAACAACCAUAACACGAUGAAUUGAAUUUUUUUUAAUCGACCCUGAUUAUAGAUUGAUUGAUUUGAACCUUCAACAAAUUCGCACAGUGUAUUUUUCUUCAAGCAAUUGGAAAUAAAUGCCUCCUUAUUUUUCAA